AUGUCUGGCGUGACUGAGACGACGCCGCUCCUGGCCCCAGAGUCCAAGCCUGGCCUCUCAAAGGCCAGGAAACGUCUUAUUGUGUUCAUGACGUUGACCACAUCGUUCCUCUGUACAAUGGACAUGACCAUCGUGGCGACAUGUAUCCCUACCAUCGCCUCCGAGCUCCAGUCUUUUGACCGCGAGGCAUGGAUCGGCACCGCCUACCUCUGGAGCAACGUCUCCUUCACCCCGUUAUACGGUCGCUUAUCGGACAUCAUUGGCCGUCGUGCCGCCUACGAGCAGGGCCUGUUCCUGUUCACCCUUGGCACCGCACUUUGUGGCUUUGCCCCCAACUUCAACACUCUUAUCCUUGCCCGCUUCAUUGCCGGUAUGGGAGGUGGUGGCCUCACCACCGUUUCAGCUAUCAUCACCGCCGACACCUUUGCGCCCAGUGAGCGUGGUUUCUACACCGGUAUUGGCUUCGCCGUCUUUGGCCUUGGCAUCGGGCUUGGUGGACCUAUCGGCGGAUGGCUUACUCAGGCUUUCGGAUGGCGUGCUGCCUUCUAUGCCCAGCUUCCCGUUGCGGUGGCUUGCAUGAUCCUCGCUCGCAUCACCAUCCCUACAAGCACCAACAAGCGCAGCGCCAGUGCCCUCAAGGAGAUUGACUUUGGUGGAGCUGGAAGCCUUCUUGUUGCCAUUGGUGCCGUGCUUUUGCUCCUCCAACGCAGCAGUGUCGACAUUCCUUUCUCCAAGGAUACGGCCAGCAUUCUCGCCCUUGUUUUCGCCAUCACCUUCUUCAUUGUGUUCAUCUACGUCGAGAUCUACGUUGCCGCCAAGCCGGUUCUGCCACUCUCGCUCUUGAAACGUCCAACCUGCCUUUGUGUGGGUAUCAUUUCGGGCGUCAUCGCGAUUGUCAACUUCAACAUGAUCUAUCAUCUUCCGAUGCUCUUUGAGAUUGUGUUCCAGGAGAACAUCUCGCGUGCAGGCUCCCACAUCCUGCCCAACUCGCUCGCAAUGGCAAUCUCCGCCCCGAUUAUGGGCCUUAUUGUCAAAAAGACUCACCGCUACAAGAAGCUUAUCACCCUGAACUGUCUUGGACCCGUCAUUGCAAUGCUUCUCCUUGCUCAUCUCACCCCUGCGUCUGGCUGGGCGGCUCGCUGGCUCAGCGUUCUGCCCAUGGGUGCCGGCUUCAGUGGCCUUUUGACAUUGACGCUCGUGGCCAGCCUCAAUGCCGUCUCCAAGUCCGAGAUCGCUACUGUUACCGGCUUUACCUUUGUCUUCCGCGCCAUCGGUCAGGUCUUUGGCGUGGGCAUUUCCGGUGCGGUUUUCCAGACCUCGCUCCUCUCAGCUCUCACAAGCCGCUUCUCUUCCCCAGAGGCUAUCGGAACUCUGCCUCUGCCAGACCAGAUCCUCGCUCGCGAGGCCUACGCCGUGGCACUCCGCAACACGUUCAUUUUCGGCUUGCUUGGUGCUGUUGGCGUGCUUGUCGUCUCGUUUUUCGACUGGUCCUGGGCCGGCACCGACGUCACGACUGUGGAGGACAUCACCCCGGCCAACCGCCGUCUGGCUGCAGGGUUGGGAAGCAAGCAAGCCUUGCGCGGCUGCUCCUUCCGCCAUGACCAGCGUGCCAUGACUGUCGAGUCUGAUGCCGAGUCCAACUCUUCCAUCAUCGUCACACGCGACCCUUGUGGACCUAAAAGGUGUCUCAGUGCUCCCAAGUGCUACAAUCACCUCGGAGAUGGGAACGACGGCGCGCGCGCCCGUUUCAUCGAACACAAGAUGGGCGACAAGGCAGACGUCCGCGAUGGUCCAGCUGGCCUCCUCAAUUAUGGAGCUACAUGCUACGCCAACGCCUUCCUUCAGGUGUGGUUUUACGACCUGUCCUUCCGCAAUGGCGUGUACGGGGCCGUGAGCGACAAGGUCAACCCCCUGCGCCACCUGGCCAACAUCUUCGCCAUGCUCGAGUACUCAAAGCGCAAGGUGGUCGACCCCGGUGCGCUCAUCGAGGCCCUCCAGCUCGCCAAGGGUAACCAGCAGGACGCAGCAGAGUUCUCAAAGCUCUUCAUGAACCUCCUCAACACCGAGUUCCAGCGCCAAGGAUACAAGACAUUCCUCAGCGAUCGCUUCGAAGGCAAGCUCGAGUACCAAAUGCAGUGCCAGAAAUGCGGCUACACUGCUACCUCGGAAUCGACCUUCCUCGAGCUUGACAUUGCUCUCAAGGCCUCGCUCGAAGAUCUCCUCAAAACCCAGCUGCAACCCGAGUCGCUUGACGGCGAUAACAAGUGGAUGUGCCGUCAAUGCAACAGCCUCCAGCCCGCGAUCCGCUCCACUCGUCUUCGCCAGCUGCCUCCUGUUCUCCACUUCUCACUCAUGCGCUUUGUCUACAACUUGAAGACGUACGAGCGCCUUAAGAGCAGUGCAGCGAUCACCUACCCUCGCGAGCUGAUCUUGGAGGGACAAAAGUACGACCUGCGUGGCGUCGUCUCGCAUAUUGGACGCAACGCGACCCAUGGACAUUUCGUUUCUGAGGUGUACGACGAAGACAACCAUGAGUGGUACGAGUGCAAUGACGACGAAGUGAAGAAGCUCUCGGCGCGCCCUCGCAAGCGUAUCAGGCUUGACCCGGAUGUCGCUGAGGAACAAAUGUCAAAGGACGCCUACAUGCUCGUGUACAAGCGUCGUGAUGGAACCUCUGACCCUCGGGUGCCCAUCCCACCAUCCCUCCUCGAGGCGAUUGAGGCCGACAACACGGCGUUGGAGGUCGAAGUCUCGGAGCGUGGACAGAAGAUGCUCGACACAGAGCAGGAGUUUGAUGACCUUGUGGCUGCCAAGCGCGAGAUCCUGGCAUGCUUGCAAGGCAGCGACUGCAUCGUCCCUCGUGACGGCCUUUCUGCCUGGAUCAAGUCGGACAGCGUCAACACCGACUGGGAUUUCAAGCCUAUUCUGUGCGAGCACGACAAGGUGUCUCUUGACGAGGGUCACAACGUGCGCCUCAUUUCGAAGGAGGCCUUCACCAAGCUCAAGGAGUACAGUAGCGGCAUGCCCGAGGUCGACGUCUGCGAGGUCUGUGUCGCUUCAAAGUUUGCCACAGUCAUGUCAAAGCGGACGCACGCCCAGCAAGUUGAACUCUACGACAACCUCAAUGUGGGAAACGGCUACUACCUCCCCAAAGAGUGGGUCAAGCGCUGGCGCUCCAACAACCUCGACCCCCCAGAUGCGCUCCCCACGCACGAGGACUACACCCUUUUCUGCGAGCAUGGCCAGCCGUCUUCGAGCAGGAGGCGUGAAGAAGUCUCGGCGGAGAGUCUCGCCGUCCUGCAGUCGAUCCUUGGCGAGUUUGACGCAUUCGGUGACGACGUCCCGGAGUGCACGGCUUGUGCCGAAGAUAAGGAGAAGAAUGCAGCUCGCAGGGCGACGUGGACUGUCGAGGUCAAGGCCGACAGGCAAAUCAGCAAACAGCACCGCAACAUGACUUUGAUCCUUGGCGCCACCAACUACCUCCUCCCCAAGGGAUUCACAGAGACGUGGGACGACUACAUGAAGGACCCUGGUGCGCCUCGCCCUACACUCCAGCUCGAACUCUGCCCUCAUGGUCUCCUCGACUUUGACCCCCAGAUGGAGAAGGCCGACUACCUCACUGAAGAUGGUUGGCACAGCCUGUGCGAGAUCCCGCCUGAGGGAAAAUUGCGCUCCGUCGACGAUGUCAGCGUCGCCACCUGCGAUGAGUGUCGCCGCAAGAGGCUGUCCGACUUUGGUCCUGAGGGCAGGAUCAAAGUGAAGGUUGUCAACGGCAAGGACACCAUGCCAGCUGAGCGCUCUGGUAUGAGCCGGACCCGUGCCAAGACAAGCGAGGUCGACGUUGGCAAGGACACGACCAUCAAGGACGUCAAGCUGGACAUCCUCCACAUGUUCAAGAUUAGCCCCAUUUCUCAGAACAUCUACUACAACGGCCGCGAACUCGACUCUUCAGAGACGAUUGGCAGCAUCGGCCUCCUGGUCGGCGACCACCUCAACCUUGUCGAGGUCCUCGAGUUGGAUGAUGAGGUCGAGGAUGGAGCUGGAUUUGGUGGCACCGCGCUGGUAGGCAGGAUCGCUUGCAACCACUGUACAUUCGAGAACGCGGCUGGCGCGACGCAGUGCGAAAUGUGUGAGCUCCCCCUCACCAACGAGUGA